AUGGCGGCGUUCCCACGUCUACCAGAAGAACUCAUUGUCGAGAUUCUAUCUGAUCUGCCCUAUGGCGAUCUUGAGAAUGUUGCAUGGACCCUAAAACAUCCCAUCACCGAGAUCUCAAUUUCCCUCCUCCAGUCCGUUUUCAAAUCCAGGCGCGAUACUAAACGACUAAUUGAGAGGCUUGGACCCCUUGACACUCAUGCACUUUCUGGUCUUUGCCUCAUCGAUCAAGAUGACAUCGAACGUCCAGAUUUUCUUGAUGGCCUUGGUCUCUCGCCCCAAACUGUCGUUAAGGUCCCUCCCGACAAUCGUCUUCCCAACCUUGACUAUAUGCAUCUUUGCGGCGACUUCGGGUGGCUCGAACCUCUGACAGGUCAAAUUGCAGAAGAGGCGGAAGGGAACCAUGCUAAUCCGGCUGUGCGUGGUCCAAGCUACGAUGAACUCAUCUCAAGUGCAGAUCGCGUAGGCGUAACCCUGCCUCCUGCAUUUCUCAAAUUCAUCCGGGAUGCAGAACUGCAGAAACGAAUUCCUGCAAUCGGCGACAUAUUUUGCUUAGAAUCGGGUGGGCUACGAAAGGUUCCGAAGUCACUGGAUGGGGGCGUCGGGGGAUAUCAAAUUGAGUUUCUUUUCGAUGCCCAAUCGGGGUACCAAGUACAUCUAUAUAUCGAGCCUGGGAGUGAUGGCGCUAGCUGCGUGUUAAUGGAGUCCGGAUCGACUUAUUCGGGCUGUGAUUAUUCUCAUCAAGUCGAGGAGGAAUACUUCGACGGAUAUGGGGAAAAUGCACACUGCCCUAACAUUACAGACCAGGAUAGACAAGACGCCAAGAAGAUGGGUGUAAGGAUUAUCCACAGUCCAUGUUCUGAAUUCACUUUGAUUGGGAUUGAUUUCGAAGCUUGGCUGGCAGCAAAGUAUUAUGGCCAUCUGUUAUUCCAUCUACAUAACAGCGCAGGGGAUGUGCCUGGGCUGAAAGAAUAUGUGAAGCGAGAGUUUGUAUUAUAG